GGGAGACCAGAUAUAGUGAAUGCAGGGUCCGGGGAGACCAGAUAUAGUGAAUGCAGGGUCCGGGAGACCAGAUAUAGUGAAUGCAGGGUCUGGGGAGACCAGAUAUAGUGAAUGCGGGGUCCAGGGGAGACCGGAUAUAGUGAAUGCGGGGUCCGAGGAGACCAGAUAUAGUGAAUGCAGGGUCCGGGGAGACCGGAUAUAGUGAAUGCAGGGGUCCCGAUAUAGUGAAUGCAGGGUCCAGAUAUAGUGAAUGCGGGGUCCGGGGAGCCCAGAUAUAGUGAAUGCAGGGUCCUGGGGAGACCAGAUAUAGUGAAUGCAGGGUCCGGGGAGACCAGAUAUAGUGAAUGCGGGGUCCGGGGAGACCAGAUAUAGUGAAUGCGGGGUCCGGGGAGACCAGAUAUAGUGAAUGCGGGGUCCAGGGACAGCGGAUAU